UUUUUAACAGUCUGUGUACACCACAAUAUAGCAAGUGGUUCGCGCCCGCUCCUUUUUUGUGCCCGUUCACCUGCGUGCGCGCCCACAGCCCACACAACGGAACCAACGUUUGGGCUGACGGCCCGCGGACGGAACUACGUCUUCUUAGACGGAACGGAAGUGAAGAAACGAAACGAGAAACAAAGAGAAUAAUAGAGUUUUAGACGCGCACACUGUGGGCUCUGUGUUUUGUGCGAAAGAUGGACGUUGACUUGGAAACUUUGAGCCAGGAGGAAUUGCUCAGAUUGGCUGAAAAAGUUCAAAAGAUGAGGUAUGCAGCUGCAAAGCCAAAAUCUCUGAAGAUUUUGACGAUGAAGUCGAUUGUAUCCAAUUGGGAGUUUUACCACAAUCUAUCAUCAGAGAAAUCUGUAAAUCUUCUGGAUUUAUACAUGCCUAAUUCCAUUGUACAAGACUUCUUCGAUAAAGGAAACCGUUUGGAGCUCUAUCCUGUUGGUGAAAACAAUUCUUAUCCAAACCCACAAAUUUGCUUUGAAUUUGUGCUCCUUCUGCUAAACAAAAACACAACUGAAUUUGACUUCUACAAGAAUAUGGAGAUUCAUUCCUACAGGGAAGAGAGAAUGAUUUACUAUCACAUUGUGAAAAACUGUCCGAACAUCACUAAAAUUGUUUUAAGCAACACAGUGUACGCUAUGAGCAAAAUGAAGAUCUGUACAGAAGAACUGCUUAAGUGGAGAAAUUUGAAAUACUGCGGCUUCCUGAACUUCAUCUGUAACGAAUGGCAACUAAAAACAAUCCAGGAAAAAAUUCCCCAGCUAGAGGGUUUGGAAAUAGCUGUUUCCAAUCGGUCAUUCUCAGAGAAAGCAGCUGAGCAUUUUUCCAAUAUGCAGAACCUCAAACACCUAUCUAUUUGUCCUGCCAGACGAAGAGGACAAUAUAUUGCAAUGGAGGUCAUGGCAAACUGUGUAGGACAGACACCCAAUCUCCAGACAUUUCUACUUCUCGAUGAAUCCAAUGGUGAAGGGAAAAUGGGCUAUAAUUUCCUUCGAUUGUACAAAAAGUUUUACCCUAACAAGAGCCUCACCCUCAAAAAUCUUAAGAUUUGGAUGCCAUUUGAAGAAGACUGGCCAUCAAAUGUAACUGUCCGUGAACUGACCAUUAGUAAGGCACAUCAUACUAAUGAACUGAGUGUCAAAAAUUUGUCUGCAAUGCCUUGUCCACCUGCAAAGCUCACGAUCACGGAAGAGAUCACAACCUUGGUUUACCCCCUCUUGAAAAAGUUUGGUCCGCAAAUUUCAGAAUUGAAAUUUCAAGAUUGUAUAGAGCCAAUCAACUUGUUCACUGUCAUACAAUGUUGCCCUAACUUAGAAGUGCUCUCCUGCUACUGUACGAAAAAUAAUAUGUUCGAGAGGAUUGAGCUGCCUCUUGAAAAUUUUAAGAAGUGGAAAAGAUUUGCCAUUCGUCAAAUCAACGGACGCGCCGACGGUGUACUCUCGGAGGCUGACACAAUUUUCAAAAUGUUUCUGUUGGGAUCUGAAAAUAUUGACAAACAAUACCUCCACCUUCGCACUUAUGGCCAAAUCAAGAUCCUGGCAGAUUUUUUAAAAGAAUACCCCAAAAGCCACUUUCAAACUUUGAAGAAAGUCAAAAUUAAUGUGGAAGACGAGCUUACCAUUGAGCCUGCACUGGAAGUUGCAAAAGGAUUGAUCUUUCACUCUCUUCAACUGCAAAAAAUUGAGCUAUGGUCUUCCAUCUAUUCCACAAUUUUUUAUACCAAUUCAGAAAUAAUUCGAGAAACCCGGAAAAGGCUCGAAAAUUUGAGAGAACUCUUCAAGAUUGACAUCUCCUGGGAUCAUUCCAACCACGCUACUACUGAGUGGGAAUCAAAUCAUUGGGAUGUGAUGCACACAAUAUCUCAAGAGGGGCGGCGCUAUAUUUUGGAAACUGACGAGGACGAAGAAAGCAGUGAUGACCAAGAGUCGACCACAUCAUCAUCUGAAGAGGAUACAUGUGAAGGCUACAACUACUGGGUACCAAGAAAGCGAUUAAAAUUCUUGUAAGUACACUUAAUGGUGCUCCGCAAUGCCAUCAGCAAGAAACGUGUUCAAGAAAUUGAAUGAAAUAUAUAAAAAGUGACGAAACCACAGAUGAUGUGAUUCUUUUUUAAACAGAGAUAUGUUAAAUUGAACCCUCUCUAUCAUUGCAGUUGACAAAUUUUUAUUCGUCUCAAUAUACAAAGUUCAUUUAUUUACAAAUUUUCUUACAAUUCUAAGUCGGUAGGGUUGUUCUGCUAUAUAAGGGAAUAAACAUAAACGGGACGGCUGGUUUUUCUUAGGCAACAAUAAACUGUGCGCCGAACCCCACAGGGUGCAUCGUCUUAAGGGUGGGCUUUAAUUUGACAAAAAAUUAAAAAAACUCUUGCCGAAAUCGUAAAAAGCAAAAAGGGCACCUGCUGCAAUUGGCAAAUACCAUCACGGCCCCAACUAGUUUCGCUGGAAGUGCGAUGUGCUCUGUUAUAGGAACAUAAAAAAUUUCAGUGGGUUCCCUUUUUUGAUUUGUUUAAUAUCAUUGCUUUGAGGUAUAUUUCAAAUUGGAGCCCACCCAUAGAAGAAGGGCCCUGUGGGGUUAGGAGCACACUU